AUGGCCCCCUCAACCCUCACCGCCCGCACCGAAUACAUCUCCGUCGGCGGCAACAGACAUCCCAGUGCCGCAGACUGGGACAAACACACGGGCAUCCUUGCUUUCGGUGCUAAUAACAAUGUUGCCCUCUGGGAUCCUACUGAUAAAUAUCAAACAGGGGUAUAUGAACUAUUGACCGGCCAUACCGAUGAAGUCAACGCGGUCAAAUUUUACACACUUCAAUCUUCAGAUUGUGGCUCGUCUCACUUUCUCCUCACUGGCUCUACAGAUCGGACGAUAAGGGUAUGGCGGCGGGGGGACGAUAAGUCUAUUAUAACCUCUACGCGACCCUCAUUUUCUCAAGUUGCAACUGUCCACGGCCACGAAGGCUCGAUAAAUUGUAUCGCCGUCACCUGCGGGUCUGAAUUGUUUGUAUCCGGUGCGGCGGAUGGGACAGUGCGGGUGUGGAGACUUAGAGAGAUUAAAGGGAACACUGAUGAUGAUGCUGGUGCUGCUGCUCCUACAAUAGACUGCCAGUUGAUACAGACGAUCACGCUGAGGCCGAGAUUCUUCGCGCUGGCGCUUGCAUUAAGGGUGCUUGAUGGGAAAAAAGGGGGGGAGAAGAAGGAUGCUGAAUCUGCGCCAUCUGUAGUCCUGGCUGUGGGUGGGACGAGGACCACCAUACAUAUAUAUGUUCUGCAGGAAGGGAGAGGCGAUACAGAGGCUGAGGGACAUCAGUUCGAACUUAAAGCUAGCCUUACGGGCCAUGAAGCAUGGGUGAGGUCUCUCGCUUUUACGGAGAUUGAUGCUGGGAAGAGUCAAUCGCAAUUGCCUGAUUUAUUUCUUGCGUCUGCCAGUCAGGAUAAAUACAUUCGUCUCUGGCGCAUUCAUGCAGGCGAUGAUGUUGCCCCGGCUCGAAAUGGAGAUGAUGAUGAAGGGGCAAUAUCGGCACGGAACCUGGAACAGACUCUUUCUAACAAAGCGCAUGAAUUCGAGGCGAGCGGGUCGAAGUAUUCGAUUACAUUUGAAGCUCUCCUUUUCGGCCACGAGGACUGGAUAUACACUGUCGCGUGGAACUCAGACCCUAAAAACCCAAAACUCCUCUCUGCCUCAGCGGAUAACUCGCUCGUUAUCUGGGAGUCUGACCCGGUAUCUGGUGUCUGGUACUCUGCCGCACGGAUGGGUGAGAUCAGCGCUCAGAAGGGAUCUACGACUGCCACAGGUAGCAUCGGUGGAUUCUGGAUUGGCCUCUGGUCGCCCCUUGGUGAGAAGGUGGUCAGCCUAGGCCGCACAGGUUCCUGGCGGCUUUGGCGAUAUGAGAACGAAAUGGAUUUGUGGGUACAGAAUAUCGCUGUUACCGGCCAUGUACGGUCAGUUAAUGGAAUUGAAUGGGAGCCCACGGAUGGGGGAUACCUGUUCUCGACUAGUUCAGAUCAGACUACGAGGCUACAUUCGAGAUGGAAGCAUGGUGAUAAAGAUGGCGGUUGUUACUCUUGGCAUGAAUUUUCCCGCCCGCAGAUCCAUGGCUAUGAUCUCAACUGCAUCGCUUCAUUGGGGCCAUGGCGCUUCGUUUCCGGCGCUGAUGAAAAGCUGCUUCGAGUCUUCAACCAGACGAAGGCAAUCGCAAACCUCCUCGAGAGGCUAACCGGCUUCACCGGCGGAGCGAAGCCAGCCGACAUGCCUGACGCCGCCAACAUACCAGUCCUCGGCCUCUCCAACAAAGCCGCUGACGACGACGUAGAUCUCGGUGACGACGGAGAAGGAGACGUUAUCCAAUCCCACUCAGACCCAAAACCAAGCACAGAAACCUCUGCCCUUCACCUCCCCCACCCACCUCUCGAAGACCAUCUCUCAAAAUACACACUUUGGCCGGAGCACGAAAAGCUCUAUGGCCACGGCUACGAAAUAUCUGCUGUGGCUACUAGCCACGACGGCACACUCAUCGCCUCAGCUUGCAAGGCCAGCUCGCUGGACCAUGCCGUGAUACGCUUGUAUGACGCGGCGGCGACGACAUGGCAUGAGAUCAAGCCACCGUUGGCGGCACAUUCAUUGACCGUUACUUGUUUGAGGUUUUCGGCGGAUGAUAGGUUUCUUGUUAGCGUGGGAAGGGAUAGGCAGUGGGCGGUUUGGAGGCGGGAAGGCAGUGGGGAUGGGAAGAGAGAUGUUUUUAGAUUGUUGUGUGCAAACCCGCGAGCUCAUGCAAGGAUGAUUUUGAGUGCAAGUUGGGCGCCAAUUAUGGAGAGGAGUGUACCUAGGGCAUUCGCGACGGCGGGGCGGGAUAAGACUGUGAAAUUGUGGAUGCAGGAACAGGAUCAGGAUCAGAGAGGAUCUUUUACGUGUAAAGCUACCAUUUCGCUUCCCAGUCCCGUCACGGCUAUUGAUAUUCUACCGAUGGUUAUUGGUGGAGAUCGGAUUUAUCUUGCCGUUGGUUUGGACACAGGGCGGAUUAGCGUACAUGCAUUAGCGAUUGAUGGGCUUGGGGAGGCUCAGGAGGUGAUGGCAUUGCCAGCGUUAGAGUGUCCGUCGAAAGCAAUCACACAGGUGGCAUGGAGGCCGGUUGGUGUGGAAGGAAAAGAAGUGAAUGAAGUAUACGAGCUUGCUCUUGCGAGUGAGGAUAGUUCUGUGAGGGUGAUUCGGAUUUCGGAUCUGUGGCCAUAGUCAAAGGGGACAUGUUGGGGUAAAUAUAUGAAUAAAUGAAUGUGUUGUAUGUAC